ACUUCAUUCUCUGUCUCUCUCUCUCUUAAGAAAGCAAUGCUCCUUUCUCUUGUUCAAAAGCCCUACUUUGCUCCACUUCCAUCCUUCCAAUCUUCUCACAGUAAUGGAAGGCACCAUCCCCUCCUCAAAACCCUAUUCAUUCCCUCUUUCAUCAGCCUUGCCUCAAUCAAAAGCCCUAAGCUUUCCAGGAAUCUCAAGGUGAAUACUGUUUCUGUAGCUUCUAUGCUUGAGAGCCCUGUGCUAUGGUUGAGCAGGCUCAUUGUUUUCUAUGUCCUUAUCAAGACUGGGAUUGCUGGCUCUCCUUCAAACCCCUUCAUCUCUUCUGAUUUGGGAGGAAAUGGUGAAGAUUUGGGAUUUGCAAAGUGGAUUGAGGGAUUGCAAGGGAAAUCAGCAGAUGAUAAAGAAGCAAUAAAUAGAAGAAAGUUAGUCAGUAAGUGGCAUCCGACAACAAAGGGUACUCUUAAGCGGAGCUAUAGAGUACCUUCAAAAGCUGAAGGCCGGCGUCUGCUUAAAUCCAUUGCCGGCUUACUCUCUGAUGAUGACCAUUUUGUAGAUGCUACCUCCCACAAGGGUUGUCAGAUAAGGCGGGAAAGUGCACAUGGAGAAAGUGUAUGCUGUAACAAUGUGAGAGCUCUUUUUGACGAGCUCCCUACACCGCACUUGGUUGUCGAGAUCACUGCUUUCCCUGCCGGACCUCUCACCGAGAAGGACUAUGUGAAGGCUGAGAAGCUUGAGAGAGUGCUCAGGUCAGGAUCUUCCAUUUGAAAAAUCUCUUGUAGUAGACGCUGAUAAAUUGUCUGUGAAGGGAAGUGUAUCUACUUGUUUUAUAUUGUCUGAACUCACUUACUACUUAUUGCUUGGUAAUGAAAUGUGAACCUGGUUCUUACUGGAAACCUCUUGAAUUGCAUGGUA